CUGAAUUAAAAACUCGCAAAAACACUGAAAGAAGUACCCAAAAAUGUCUUCCGAAGAUAUAUCGACCACCACGGUGUUCGUCCAGGACUGGCUUUGCUUCGACAACAUCCUCGGCGAAGGCGCUUUCGGCGAAGUAAAAUUACUAAUAAACAAACGCACCCAGGAGAAAAUCGCAUGUAAAAUCAUCAAUCACGACAAAUACAAGGACGCCUCGUCGCAGAUCAACCGCGAAGUGGUCAUCCACAAAACCCUCGACCACGAAAACAUCAUCAAAUUCUUCGGCAGGCGACAGGAGCCCUCGAAGGAAUAUCUCUUUCUGGAGUACGCCGAAGGAGGUGAGCUCUUUCAACUGAUAGAACCCGACGUCGGCAUGCCCUCGGGCAGCGUCCAGUUGUUCAUGAAACAACUCCUCUGCGGCCUGAAAUAUUUACACACCAAAGGCAUAACCCACCGAGACAUCAAGCCGGAGAAUAUACUCAUAAGCGCCGAAGGAGUCUUGAAAAUCAGCGACUUCGGCAUGGCCACUUACUUCAGAUUCAAGGGUAAAGAGAGGUGGUUGGACAAGAAAUGCGGCACGAAACCCUACCUGGCGCCCGAAGUCUUCCUCAGGCCCUACCGAGCCGAACCCGCUGAUCUGUGGAGCUGCGGAAUCGUGUUCGUUGCCAUGUUAACGGGUGAACUACCGUGGAGUCUCGCUACAGACGAAAACGCAGAGUUCAAUCAAUGGAACAACGACAUGUACAUCUUGAACACCCCUUGGUCCAAGCUGGGCUACAUGGCGCUCAGUUUGGCUAGGAAAAUACUCCAAGUGGACCCCAAAAAGCGGCUGACCCUCGACGAAAUCGAAAGACAACCUUGGAUGCAUGUCCACUUUAAUGCCGAAGCUCCAGAGGAAGACACCGUAGAUGGGACCUCGGAACCUCGAUGUAAACGAUACAAUUCUAUGGUAGCCGAGGAAACAAUACUGAACAGAGAAAAACCUACUGUGACUUUAUCUCAACCGAACUCGUCUCUACGUCAAUCGACUAUCAUGCAAACUGUCAAAACAACGAGCAACGAUCACUUGUGCUUCUCUCAACCAACUCAGAAUGACAAUUGGAUGGUGCAAUUCACCCAAAGCCCUAUUACUAAAGACAACUUCGAUAAUCUCAUAAAGAGGAUGACCAGAUUUUACGUUUCAAUGACCAAAGAACGAACAAUGGAAACUUUGUGUUCUAUCCUCGAUUCUUUGCAUUUAACGUGGUCUGUAGAUGUUAACAGGGCCGUCUCGAUCACCACUACAGAUUCGCUUAAAAAUCAGUUGAUUUUCAAAAUCAACCUCAUCGAAAUGGACAAGAAAAUAUUGUUAGAUUUUAGACUGUGUAAAGGCUGUGGUUUACAAUUCAAGAGGAAAUUUUUAAAGCUGAAGGAGUAUUUUAUCAAUAAUUAACGCCGAGAUUUUGUUAGAGUUACGAUAGUUCUAUUAUUGUUCCUGUAAAGUGUUAUUUUUAUCGGUAUUUAAUUUAGAAAAAUUAUUGUCAAGUUACGAUGUUGCUAUUAGUUUUAAUUAUUGUUCUUGUAAAGUGUUAUUUGUUCGUAUAAGUGUAAAUGUAAUACAGUUGUAUGUUUUAAGCAAAUAAUUAAGUUC